GGCUCUGCGCAGGCGCGCGCGCGCGGGCGGGAAGAUGGCGGCCGGGUUCAAAACUGUGGAACCUCUGGAGUAUUACAGGAGAUUCCUGAAAGAGAACUGCCGGCCAGAUGGAAGAGAACUUGGUGAAUUCAGAACCACGACUGUCAACAUAGGUUCAAUUAGUACCGCAGAUGGUUCUGCUUUAGUGAAGCUGGGAAAUACUACAGUAAUUUGUGGGAUUAAGGCGGAAUUUGCAGCACCACCAACAGAUGCCCCUGAUAAAGGAUAUGUUGUUCCUAACGUGGAUCUACCGCCUCUGUGUUCGUCGAGAUUUCGGUCUGGACCACCUGGAGAAGAGGCCCAAGUGGCUAGCCAGUUCGUUGCAGAUGUCAUUGAAAAUUCACAGAUAAUUCAGAAAGAGGACUUAUGCAUUUCUCCAGGAAAGCUUUCUUGGGUUCUAUACUGUGAUAUCAUUUGCCUUGACUAUGAUGGGAACAUCUUGGAUGCCUGUACGUUUGCUUUGUUAGCAGCUUUAAAAAAUGUACAGCUACCAGAAGUUACUAUAAACGAAGAAACUGCCUUAGCAGAAGUUAAUUUAAAGAAGAAAAGUUAUUUGAAUGUUAGAACUCAUCCAGUUGCAACUUCUUUUGCUGUAUUUGAUGACACUCUGCUCAUAGUUGACCCUACUGGAGAGGAGGAGCACCUGGCAACUGGAACCUUAACAGUAGUAAUGGAUGAGGAAGGCAAACUAUGUUGUCUUCAUAAACCAGGUGGAAGUGGGCUGACUGGAGCUAAACUUCAGGACUGCAUGAGCCGAGCAGUUACCAGGCACAAAGAAGUAAAAACGCUAAUGGAUGAAGUAAUUAAGAGUAUGAAACCCAAAUAAACCACCACAUUUUCAAAACGGAUUUAUAAAAACUGUAUUUGUUACACUGUGCACAAACCUUUUAUACUAAAUAAAUAUCAAACUACAUUCUUCUGAAA